UUGUCACCCGCACUUUUUUUCUAGACACUCGUCGCGAGUCACCCUGCUCCUGACCUCUCUCAUCUCCUCUGUCGCGACGGGACCCAUUCGGGCUGUCAAAAAAAGUUUUCUUUGCGCAACUCCGAUCGUUUUUACGCCGUCCGAUUUAGGCAAAAUUUUCACACAUCGGCCUUUUCACAGCCAGCGAUGAUAUGUGUGCCGACCAUGACGGAUCAGCAGAAGACAAUCCUCCGGUUCCGAACGGCGUCUGCCGUGCGCCUCUGACCACUUCUUCUCCCAACGGCCCUAGUCUAUUGUCUCCGGCGACUCGCGCUGUCGCAACCAGCUCGACCGCUCCUAGGAGGAAACCGACCACCCUGAAGGCGUUCUCGCCGAACCAAGUCCCCGAUUCCAUUCUGAACGAUCCAAAACUCCUUGAGGCACUUCGCGUAUUGCCCUCCAACUACAAUUUCGAAAUACCAAAAACCAUAUGGCGAAUUCGCAGAUGUAACGCAAAAAGAGUGGCGCUACAAUUUCCUGAAGGUCUGCUGAUGUUCGCUUGCACCAUCGCUGAUAUUUUAGAGAAGUUUUGCGCACCAGCUCUAGAGGACGUUGUAAUAAUGGGUGACGCCACCUAUGGCUCGUGUUGCGUCGACGACUACACGGCCAGAGCUUUGAUGUGUGACUUGCUGGUUCACUACGGCCACAGCUGUCUAAUACCGCUGCAAGUUACCAAUUCCACCUCUAAUAGCGACGCCAAGCCGCUUCAGACUUUAUAUGUGUUCGUUGACAUCUCCAUUAACGUUCAGCACUUCGUAGACUCUGUAAAGUUGACGUUUGACGAUUUUGAAAACACAAAACUCGCUCUGGUUGGAACAAUACAAUUUUCCUCUUCCUUGCGGGCGUCCGCCCAGCUGUUAAACCAGGUCUAUAAAACACCUGUUUGGAUACCACAAAAAAAGCCGUUAUCACCUGGGGAAAUAUUGGGAUGUACAUCACCAGUGUUGCCGGCAAGACCAAACGCAUCAAUCAAGUCAAGCUGUGGCGCGCAGAAAGCCUGCUCCGCCGACCUGGGCUCCGACGGUCAUCUCUGCACCUGCGGACAAUCCACUUCGAACGAAAGGCACUACAGCUGCAGCAGCCCUGAUAGCGCGUUUGACGCUAUUGUCUAUCUAGGCGACGGCCGCUUUCACCUAGAAUCCAUGAUGCUCUCCAAUCCCAACGUUCCUGCCUAUCGCUACGACCCAUAUUCUAAGGUGUUUACAAUCGAGAAGUACAACUACCCAAAGACGCUCGAAUUACGACUUCACUCGGUCAAUUUGGCCAAAACAACUUUGAGUCAGAACAGAAACGCUGGUCCGCUUCGAACACCAUUCAAACAGGCCCAUUUCGCUAAGGUUGCCAUCAUACUUGGAACGCUUGGAAGGCAAGGCAAUAUAGCCCUCCUGGAAAGAUUGGAAGAAAUGCUUUGUGAAAAGGGCAUUGCGUACGUUGUUGUUCUGUUGAGCGAAGUGCUUCCCGCCAAAUUAGAGCUUUUCGAUCGGUCUAUCGAGGCCUGGAUACAAAUUGCUUGCCCGAGGCUGUCCAUCGACUGGGGAUCUUCGUUUAAAGCGCCGCUACUCAAUCCCUAUGAGGCGAUGGUCGCUUUCGGUAACCAGCCUUGGAAAGACACCUACCCGAUGGAUUAUUAUUCAAAAGACGGCGGCAGUUGGUCUGUAUAUUAUUCUCCUGGUUCGAAAAAAUAA